UGUUGAUCACAUGGACAGUGAGGCUGUAAUUGUCAAUGUUUUGGAUUUUGUUUAUUAUAUGUUUUUAUACCUGGCCCCAACAACAAUCACUCAACUGGUUUUCAACUCAAAUCCUUGGAAAUGUACAUGUACUAUAAUAAUGAAUACUUGGACCUUGGGCUGAGUAUUGGCUCAAGGAAAGUUUGUGACAACAGGUCCUGGUUAUUCAGAAUUUAGAGUUUCGAACAAACUACCACUGAAAAUGAAUUGGCCGAUAAGUUCGAUGCUGGUUUGCUUGAUGCGAGAGACAGUUUAGCCUCAAUAUGCAGUUUUGGAAGUCAGAAAAACCAGUGGAAAUAGAAAGAGACAUCAAAAGCAGUGAUCCAGAAUACAAUGCCCAGUUUGAAUAUGCAAACAACUACAUCUGUACAUCCAAAUAUACGGUCCUCACCUUUUUGCCAAAGAAUGGUUUUGAGCAGUUCCAAAGGAUUGCCAACUUUUACUUUUUAUGUCUCCUUAUCCUGCAGGUCAUUCCACAAAUAAGUUCUUUGCCUUGGUAUACCACCUUGUUGCCCCUGGCCUUUGUAUUAGGGAUUUCUGCCAUUAAAGAUCUUGUUGAUGAUGUUCAAAGACAUCGUAAUGAUGCCCUGGUCAACAACAGACAGUCCUGGGUCCUGCGUGAUGGAAAACUGGUGGAAGAGCGAUGGCACAAGGUUGUCGUCGGUGAUAUCAUCAAGAUGGAGAACAAUCAGUUUGUCGCAGCAGACCUUAUGCUGCUGUCCACUAGCGAGCCCCACAGUCUUUGUUACAUAGAAACAGCAGAACUAGAUGGGGAGACCAAUCUAAAGGUGAGACAGGCCAUUCCGGAGACAGCCGAGCUAGGGGAUGACAUCAGUCAGCUCUCCAGAUUUGAUGCUGCCAUCAAAUGUGAGGCUCCCAACAACAACCUGAGUAAGUUUGAGGGGACCAUGACCUGGCAUAACCAGAAGUAUUCAUUGGACAACGAGAAGAUAUUACUGCGGGGCUGUAUUCUCAGGAACACCCAGUGGUGCUACGGACUGGUCAUCUUCGCAGGGAAAGACACCAAGCUAAUGAUGAACAGUGGAAAGACGGUCUUUAAACGCACGCAUAUAGACCGACUUAUGAAUCUCAUCAUUAUAGGGAUUUUUAUAUUACUGCUCCUAAUGUGUUUAACAAUGACCAUAUCCUGUGGUAUUUGGGAAACUCUGGUUGGAAGCAAGUUCACCGUUUACCUUCCCUGGGAAAGUUUUGUUCCCGGCUCCGCGGACAAAGCGGGAAACAUGGAGGAAGGAGCCACCACCAUCUCCCUGCUAGUCUUCUUCUCCUACAUCAUCAUCUUCAACACGGUCGUCCCCAUCUCUCUCUAUGUCAGUGUGGAAAUGAUAAGAUUAGCAAACAGUUUUCUCAUCAAUUGGGACAACAAAAUGUACUAUGAGAAGACAAACAUGCCGGCCAAAGCUCGCACCACCACACUCAACGAGGAGCUCGGGCAGAUCGAGUAUAUCUUCACUGACAAAACAGGGACAUUAACUCAGAAUAUCAUGACUUUCAACAAGUGCUCCAUUAAUGGGAAGGCUUAUGGUGAUGUUGUGGAUGAGUAUGGAAACCCCAUGGAUAUCACAGAGAUCCUUGUGUUUGACUUUGACAGAGCAACAGCGAAAGUGGAGUUCCCAGAUAAUCCCUAUGCGGAAGAGAAUUUUGAGUUUUUUGACCAGCGUCUGUUGGAUGCUGUACAGAAUAAUGAGCCACUGGUUCACGACUUCUUCAAAAUCCUCGCUCUCUGUCAUACCGUGAUGCCAGAGGUCAAAGAUGGUGUGUUGGAGUACCAGGCCCAGUCUCCUGAUGAGGGGGCGCUAGUGUCAGCGGCCAGGAACUUCGGCUUUGUGUUCAAGUCUCGUACACCCACCACAAUUACAAUUGAAAUCAACGGGAAAGAGGAAGUCUAUGAUUUGCUGUGCAUUCUGGAUUUCAACAAUGUCCGAAAACGAAUGUCUGUAGUUGUUCGAAAGAAUGGUAAACUUCAGUUACUGUGUAAGGGGGCAGACAAUGUGAUAUUUGAGAGGCUGGAUAAAAAGUGUGAUGAUGCCAAAGAAAUCAUUACUCAUCAUUUGAAUGAAUUUGCCAAUGAUGGCUUGCGAACUCUCUGUUUGGCUUCCAAGGAUAUUCCUGAGGAUUACUGGAAAACCUGGAGUGCCAAACAUCAUGAAGCAAGUACAUCCAUGGAGAAUCGUGACGAGAAGUUGUCGGAGGUGUAUGAGGAGAUAGAACAGGAUUUGAUGUUGAUUGGUUCCACGGCCAUUGAGGACAAACUCCAGGAUGGAGUGCCUGAAGCCAUUGCUAACCUUGCCCGUGCUGGCAUCAAAAUCUGGGUGCUUACUGGUGACAAACAGGAAACUGCCAUCAACAUUGGUUACUCCUGUCGUCUGCUUACUGAUGAAAUGGAGGAGAUUUUCAUUGUGGAUGGAGAAACAGAACAAGAUGUCAAGAAGCAGAUGACGGACUUUCUGAAGGCGAUCAAGGACCACAAGGAAGAGCGGAACCAUGAGGAGACCGUCCACAUGCAGAACGGCGGGGUCACCUUCAAUGGAUCGGCAACAGAAUUAAAUAUGGAGACACCGGGGCCAGACUUUGCUUUGGUUAUCAAUGGACAUAGCUUGUACCAUGCCUUGAGGCCAGACCAGGAGGAUACACUGGUGGAGCUUGGCUGUAGCUGUAAGGCCAUCAUCUGCUGCCGUGUCACCCCGCUGCAGAAAGCUAUGGUGGUGGACCUCAUCAAGAAGAGCCAAAACUCCAUCACCCUCUCUAUAGGCGACGGGGCUAAUGAUGUCAGCAUGAUCAAAACUGCACACAUUGGCGUUGGCAUCAGUGGACAGGAAGGAAUGCAGGCUGUUUUAGCCAGUGAUUAUGCAAUAGCACAGUUCCGAUAUCUCGAACGUUUACUUCUGGUGCAUGGACGCUGGUCGUAUUUCAGAAUGUGCAAAUUUUUAAAGUAUUUUUUCUACAAGAACUUUGCCUUCACCUUGUGUCACCUGUGGUUUGCGUUUUUCUGUGGAUUCUCGGCCCAGACUUUGUACGAUCCUUAUUUUGUUUCAUUCUAUAAUGUGUUCUAUACCUCCAUACCAAUUCUCAUUUUGGCGUGUUUUGAUCAGGAUGUGGAUGAUUACUACUCAAUACGAUACCCGAAGCUCUACACUCCGGGGCUGUUGGACUCGGGGUUCAACAAGAAGGUGUUCGUGUUCAGCGCCACAGAGGGGAUCAUCACAUCAUUAGUUCUGUUCUUCAUACCAUACUUUGCCUUUCAAAAUGGCGUCCAUUAUGACGGGACAGACCUGUCUGACCAUCAGUCGCUGGGCUGUGCUGUCGCCAGCACACUAGUCGUAGCUGUCAAUCUGAGGUGUGCAUUGGACAUGUCCUAUUGGACAGCCUUUCAUCAUGUGGCUAUUUGGGGCAGUAUCAUCUACUACUUUUGUUUCAUCGUGGCUAUGUAUGCAAGUUCCUUUAACUACACGUAUGAAGGCGUGGCCUACCAGGUGUUCUCCUCAGCUCAGUUCUGGUUUACACUGCUUCUGACCUGUACCAUACUGCUGCUGCCUAUAAUCGCCUAUCGUUUCUAUUACAUUGACGUCCAUCCAACACUCACGGAGCGUAUCCGACUCAAGCAGAGACUAACGAAAUCCAAGUCACGCUCCAAAGACUUUCACAUUCGUCGCGCUUCAACGCUUCGUCGCAGCACCAGGUCUCUACGCUCUGGUUACGCUUUCGCCCACCAGGAAGGUUUUGGAGAACUCAUUACAAGUGGACUCAACAUGCGUCAGAGGGUGGAAAAAAGCGAGCAAAAAAACCCAGUGGAGUUGACAAAAGUGAGCAAAAUCGACAGUGCCCCCCUGCCUUCUUAUAAUGACCUCUACAUAGAGAACAACAAUUCUAACAGCGCCUCUAAUGCAGCCACAGGUGACAGCGGCCCCACAGAGGGGGUGGAAGAGAACCACAAUCCCUCCCACCCCCACUACCACGACCCAGACAGACAUGUCGUGUUCUGCGAGAAGCUUUAAUGUAUGGUUAUAUAUAGGAAAACAAAUUAUUUAUUUUUGACAUAAAAGAUUUGUUAUUUGUUGUUUUUUUUAUAGAUAGGGACAUUGUUAGAUAGAUGACUUAUGAAUGUUGCAUGUUAUUUCAUGAAUGUAAACUUGUACUGCUAUUAUUUACAAAUCAGAUUUCAAUAUUGUUAUCAUCAUUUCAGAUUUUUGUUUUGAAUUUUUUUUAAAUUCAUAUCAAACUGGCAUUAGUGAACAUAAUUACGGCGUAAUGGAAUUUUAAGUACAAACUUUGAGAGGAUUUUUUUACUCCAUUGAUCAUUAAUUCACAUUUAAGUGCCAAGUUAUGAAUGCACAUGGACUUUUAUUUUACCCUACUUAUUUUAUGAACUACUAUAUACACUAUUUAAAAUCUCUUCUUUUUUUUCCCUCUCUGUGUCCUUCAUAAUUGGUUGUCUAAUUAAAUUUUCUAUUGUUUUAUAAGUACCAUUGAUUUACAAGAAUGUACGUUUACUUUUGUACAUGAACACAUUUUUCUUUUGGUGUAAUAAAUGAUAUCAUAAAUCUAAUUCAGACAAUCUGUAAGAGCAAAAAAGUGUACAUUUGGUCAAGGGUUUAUAGAAUAUAAAGGAAAUGGAUGUCUUAGCUAUUUAGAUUAGUGGCAUUUGAAAAGAAUUUUUAUAUACCUGGUAUGUAUAUUCACUGACAUUCAUUAAAUCUGAGGUUUUUGUCACUAAAUUUAUGAUAUACGAAGAGGGUAUGCUCAUAGAGAUUUAUUUUGAAACCAAAUUCUAUGUUGAAAUUUUUUACCAAGGUGAUGGCUAUCCCAUUAUCCAUGAUUAAAACCUUGAUUGUUAUUUUUUGUAUUUGCGCCUUUUUAUUUUUAUACUUGUUCAUGUUUGCAUGAUCACAAACAUUUUUAAACACCUUCCUGUCCUUAAAAUCACGCUCUAAUUCACAGAUAUGAAAAUAGAUAUACUUUAAGCUGUAUUUAUAUUCUCUAAUAUUUCAGUAUUCUCUCAUUUUAACACUGAAGCUGCUCAAAACUAUUCUUUUUUUUAUAUUACAACCUGCUUUUCCCCUCAAGUGACCCUUUAUUUUUCUAUUUUCUUUGGCAGCUUCCAAUGAAAAUUAACACUUAAUAUUGGAGGGGGGUGUUAAUAUGUACAGUAAUUUAUUUGAAUUUUGACCUCAACUCAUAUUUGACUUCCUGUCCAAUGCAUUUCAUAUUUAUUAUAAGCUUUUAUGGAAGUGAAUCUUCGGUCUAAAUGGCAUUUUUUGAAAAGAUUUGAACAAGAUGAAUUAAUUUUUGUAGUUUGAACAAACAAAAAACUUACAUGGAUCUGAUAAAAAUCCUUUUUCAAAAGGCUAUUGUCUCCCUUAAAGUCGAUAUUACUUAUUCAUGGACAGCUGUGCAAACUUUUUGGAAGCAGUUGGGGCCAAUGCCUCUAUAGACCUAUUUUAUCCAUGGAUACGGGUAUGCAUGCGAGUUAACCACUGUUACUGUUAUAUAGCUAUUCCUUGUACGAGACUGUUGACAUAUAUAUAUUUGAGGCAUUUCACAGACUGCAUGCCACUGUAUGCAUUUUCAUUCUUUGUGGAUAAUUAUUUUUAUGCAAUUAUAGAUAGAUUUCUAAGGUCCAAUGUUCACUUCAUGUAAAUGAAUUAAAUUUUUCGAAAAGCACAUGGGAUGGGAAACACAUAUUUUUACUACAGAAAUUUAUUAUACUCUCUCCCAAGUUUUUGCUUCCACCACUUUUCGCUUGAUAUUAUGAAAAUCAUGAAUACCUUUGUGCUCAAACUACGUUCAUUCACUAAUAUGAAAAAUGUCCAGAUUAUCUGUUUUGAAAUGCCCCCUCUACCGCUGCAGGUUUCAAUACACAGAUCAAAAUAGAAAGUCUACAAGGAUUUUGCACUACAUCAGCCAUGAAAUAGCCUUGAUGAUAAAGUUGAAAAAUUGUGCGAGGUAUUUGGAGUGAGUUCUGAAUAGUGAAAAGAUGUAAACAUUUUCCAGUAUAAAUCUCCGUAAGAAAUUUGUUUUCUUCCCUGUGAACUUUUUUGGGUGAAAAAUGAAAAUGUCUUAAUGAAGAUAUCUUGGAUAUUUUCCCUUUCAUCAAUAUCAAGUGUAUUUCUUUCACAGGUAUGCGUUUUUUAUUAAUAAUAAUCAAAAAGUGAUGGAAGAAAUAACUUGGGACAGACUUUAUAUUGUUUAUACCACCAGUUAACUAAAGUAUUAUGAUACCAAGCUCUGGAGGAAUGCUUGAUGUUAGAGAACUGAAGGUGAUACUAAAGUACGAUAUACAUGUAGUAUAGUUAGCCCCGUCAUGUUCAGUAGACUUUUUAAAAUAUGAGUUAAUAUCAGAUAAGUGCUGAAUAUGAUUUUCAUGAAUUCUUUGUGCAAUAUAUUAGAAUGCAUAAUUAAUAAUGCAUAUAUAUGUAAUAUAUUAAAUUAGCAAAAACCUAAAUAAUACCCUAUUUGUAAUAGAUAUUAGAACUCGUUUUGGUUGAGGCUGAAGUGGUCAUUUUUGGAAGAAAGCUAUAUUUACUGUGGUUUAAAGCUAAAUUCCCCCUUUAACAAAAAUCACUGUAAUUUUGGGUGGAAUUUUUAACACUAACGUUCACACUAUUUUAUAUUUUUGAUCUAAUGUUACCCCAAAGUGAUUGACCCAAUAUCUGAGAAACGAUCACUUCUAUAUAAUUUGCAUUAAUGUCACAAUAUUGAUACAUAUCUUUAUUUCUAUUUAUUUGUUUUUGUUCUAAGUGGAUCAUCUUUGACUUUAUUUUCUAUAUUUUGUUUUGUUACUCAUUACUUUAUUGUUUACCAUAAUAUUGCUUGUUGAAAUUGUUAGAAUUCUUUGCAAAAUUACAGGUUUAGCUUUUGUUAAUAAAUAUUAAUAUCUUAUAUUAAGUCCUGAAAGAUAUUUAAAUGUAGAGACUGCAUUUAUGAUUCUGUUUCUCUCAAUACUACUACUUAUCAUUAAUUUUAAUUAGUUUUUACUGUAUGAUUGAGGCAAUAAAUCUAUUUUACUUAC